AUGGCCUCCUACAACCCUUUUUCUCGUCGUGAAUCUCAUGAUGCUCGGGCACUCAAGGUCUACCGAUUCCUUGUACCUCUCACCUGGUUAAUUGUAGUGGUCGUGGGCAGCUAUUAUUCGAUCCAUUCCCCCGGUGAUACCAAGGACAGCAAGAACCUCUGGAAGCAGGCUCUCAAGCACGAAACCCCCUUCAGUCAGAACAAUACCAUCACUGGAAUCUACUGGAUCUUCCUGCUCCUCUCCCAGCUCAGCUAUGUCUGGCAUCUCUUUUCCAACGAUUCUCGACUGGUCACUCCCGCAGCCAAUGUAGCUACCCACUUCAUCUUCAACAACCUGUUCCUGUUGGCUUGGAUCUUGCUGUGGACUCGGAACCGCUUCGUGAUCUCUGAGAUUAUCCUGGUUGCGCACCUGAUUAACCAGUACAUUACCUACUGGCGUUACCAUGGCUCGCCGGCCUUUGUGCACCUCUCUGCCGUGGCAGGUCCCUAUGCCUGGACCUUGACCGCACUGUUCUGGAAUGGAGCUGUCGCAGUCCACAGCCACAACUUGCCCGGUAGAAUUGUCGCCAAUGUCUUCAUCUGGGUGUUCUUCUUUGUCGGCCUGAGCGACAUCUUCUUCCGCCAGGACUACAUCCUCGGUUACUGCCUGAGCUGGUUGACUUUGUCACUGGCCGUCCAGCAAAUCUCCAUCAAGAUCAUUGCUUUGCAAUGGAUCUUUGCCUUCACCAUCUUCGGUGUCUUGUUCAUUUCCUCGCUUUACAUCUCCUUCACCAAGUACAAAGGCCGUGACUCCCUGUUCCGCCAAGUUGCUCACCCCGAAUCCGACGAUCGCGAGCGUGCCCCUCUGCUCAACGACAGUGCUGCGUAA